AUGGCUACGGACUUCGCUGGUUCACGCCAUCAGGUGGACCCACUGGUGAGGAACGCGCUCGGCGUGCUGCGAACGGAUGUCAAUGGAGGAAUCGCCGGUCUUGCAGCCCGGGCCGUCUCCCAAGCCGACAAGAGGUCACUGAUGAGCUCCCUGAUGGAGGCAGCCGCUACCACCCUGCAGAGGUCAUCUUCCUUCAAAGAGGACUCCUAUCUGGCCUCCAAUCUCAAGGCCGGAGAGCAGAGAGCUCUCCAAGAGCUCAAGAAUCUUCUCGUGUCCGUGUCGUCCUCCAACUCAUCGUCGAAGCCUCUCACAAUGUGGGGGGUUCCCCUUCUCGGGCCGGCCGCCGACGAGAGGGCCGACGUGGUGCUGUUGAAAUUUCUCCGGGCGAGGGAUUUCAACGUGGCCCAGGCGCACGCGAUGCUGGCGCGGUGCGUGGUGAGGGAGGAGUUCGGGGCGGACGGCGUCGUCGACGAGGAGCUGGGGUUCAAGGAGUUGGAGGUGGUGGCCUACAUGCACGGCUGGGACCGGGCCGGCCACCCGGUCUGCUAUAACGCCUACGGGGUGUUCAAGGACCGGGAGAUGUACGACCGGGUGUUCGGCGACGGGGAGAAGCUGAAGAAGUUUCUCCGGUGGAGAGUCCAGGUGAUGGAGCGCGGGGUCGGCCUGCUCCAGCUCCGCCCCGGCGGGAUCAACUCCAUCAUCCAGGUCACGGAUCUCAAAGAUAUGCCCAAGAGGGAGCUCCGGGUGGCCUCCAACCAGAUCCUGUCCUUGUUCCAGGAUAACUACCCGGAGAUGGUCGCCAGAAAGGUGUUUAUAAGUCCCUGGUAUUUUAGUAUGCUGUAUUCGAUGAUUAGUCCCUUCCUAACGGAGAGGACCAAGAGCAAGUUCGUCAUCGCCAGAGAAGGGAAUGUGGCCGAGACCCUUUACAAAUUCAUCAGGCCGGAGUUUGUGCCGGUCCAGUAUGGAGGGCUGAGCCGGCCCGGGGAUCUGCAGAACGGUCCCCCCAAACCGGCAUCCGAGUUCACCAUCAGGGGUGGAGAGAAAGUGAACCUCGAAAUCGAUGGCAUUGAGGCCGGGGCUACCAUAACGUGGGACGUAGCAGUGGGGGGAUGGGAGUUGGACUACAGCGCGGAGUACGUGCCGAGCGAGGAGGGGAGCUACACGAUUCAAGUGGAGAAGAUGAGGAGGAUUCCGGCGACCGCCGAGGAGCCGAUUCACAAUGUCUUCACGUCCAAGGAGGCCGGAAAGAUGGUGCUGUCCAUAGACAACACCAGCUCCAGGAGAAGGAAGGUGGCGGCCUACAGAUACUUUGUCCGCAAACCCUCGGUUUAGCUACAUGGUUUGGAGUGCUUUUAGCUUCUUGUUUUAUUAAGGAGGACAAUAGCUUUCAUCUAUGUUAAUAUAAGGAAAUGUACCCCUUUUCCUCUCCCUCCCUCCCUCCCUCUCUCUGUCUCUCUGUCUCUGCGUUAAACAAAGCGGAUAAGUUGAGUAUUUUGUUUAUUACCAACAAGAAAUGCUACUCUGUUGUGAGGUGGUGUUGGGUUGUGCUUCGAUGUUCUAAUCAUUGCUUCUAGGUCCUACGCCCGGAAUCAAGGUGUACUUUGACAAGAAAAAGGAUUGCCGGGGGCAUGUGCUUUGGUGCCA